AUGUCUCGCGCCGGUUUAUGGGUGAAGGUCAUCCUUGGCGGUAUCGCCAUCUCCGUUGGAGGCCCUGCCUUUGUGGAAUACAUCCGACCCACCGACGAGGAACUGAUCAAGCGGUAUAACCCGGAGCUCCAGAAGCGCAGUGCUGAGCAGGGAGAGCGUCGGGCACAGGAGUUUGACGAUUACGUUACCAAGCUGAAGGAGUGGUCCAAGUCUGACAAGUCUAUCUGGUACGCUGCCCAGGAAGAAUUGGAUCGCAAGCGUGCGAUUAUCGAGGCUCAACGGGCCAAGGCCAAGGAGGAGACCCGGAUACAACGUGAGGAGAUGCGCAAGGAAAUGCUGGGCGAAGACAAAUAG